GCUAUCAAACCAAGUUUUGUUGGGCCCAUACAUUUUGCCAUAGUAUGUAUGUAAACGCAAGUUUUGUUGCUCUCAAAUUCUUUUGAAAGUUUCUGGUUUGCAGCAGAGAAUGGCACAUUGCAACGAACCACGACUAGACGAGGAAGAGGUUCAUGAUCAGCAGUGUGAUCAACCACCUAUACAUGCAGAGGAGCAACCCAAUCAUCAAAAUUUGGAGCAGCUUGCACAUCAGGCAGUGGAGCAGCUCAUGCAUCAGGAGAUGGAGCAGCCCGUACGUGGGUAUCGUGGAGGACCUUAUGAUCUAUCUCUUCUCACGCGAUACGAGGGUCAUGUUGCGCGUAGGUUGUGGUAUGGUCAGGAGCGCGGUGUCAAAAAGGAGUUAAAGGUAGCAUCACAUGGGAAAAAGUUGGAGGGUUGGGUUCCUCCACAACUUCCCCCUUUAAUAGAGGGAUGGCUGGAAGGUUCUGGACUUAGCGCACUUCAAAUGACUAGUAUGAAAAUGGUUGACGCCAAUCUUUUAUCGGCGUUUGUGGAGAGAUGGCAUCCUGAGACGUCGUCAUUUCAUAUGCCAUUUGGUGAAAUGACUAUUACACUGUAUGAUGUGGCUUGCCUACUUCACAUUCCGAUUAAGGGUGAUUUCUACGAUCAACCUCCAAGUGUAACGGAAGAAGGAGCAGCUGCACUUGCUGAGGAGUUGUUGGGGUAA